AUGGCGCAUCCGACGGCUCCCGUAAGCCGACGGGAUUCGCACAGCAUGCAGCGAAUUCUGGCGGCGGCGCGUUGGCUAGCAGCGGCAGCGACGCUCGGCGCGCUGAUAUGGACCGUUUACGCGUGGACAGUCGCGCUGCCAGCUCCCGUCCCGGCUAACGUGGCACCACCGUGGUCGUUCUCGGAGGAGCGCGCCAUGGAGCACGUGCGACGGCUGGCCGCCAUUGGUCCGCACGAAUUCGCGUCGCCUAGGCUGGAACAGGCGAUGGAGCGGCAGCAGCAGCGGCAGCAGCAGCAGCAGCAGCAGCGGCAGCAGCAGCGGCAGCAGCAGCGGCAGCAGCAGCGGCAGCAGCAGCGGCAGCAGCAGCGGCAGCAGCAGCGGCAGCAGCAGCGGCAGCAGCAGCGGCAGCAGCAGCGGCAGCAGCAGCGGCAGCAGCAGCGGCAGCAGCAGCGGCAGCAGCAGCGGCAGCAGCAGCGGCAGCAGCAGCGGCAGCAGCAGCGGCAGCAGCAGCAGCAGCAGCAGCAGCAGCAGCAGCAGCAGCAGCAGCAGCAGCAGCAGCAGCAGCAGCAGCAGCAGCAGCAGCAGCAGCAGCAGCAGCAGCAGCAGCAGCAGCAGCAGCAGCAGCGCAGCAGCGGCGGCGCAGCAGCAGCAGCAGCAGCAGCAGCAGCAGCAGCAGCAGCAGCAGCAGCAGCAGCAGCAGCAGCAGCAGCAGCAGCAGCAGCAGCAGCAGCAGCAGCAGCAGCAGCAGCAGCAGCAGCAGCAGCAGCAGCAGCAGCAGCAGCAGCAGCAGCAGCAGCAGCAGCAGCAGCAGCAGCAGCAGCAGCAGCAGCAGCAGCAGCAGCAGCAGCAGCAGCGUGCAUGGGCGUGGAGGUGCAGCAUGCAGCAGCGGGGUGGCUGCCCAUUGGCAAGGGCCUCACAGUGGGGGGGGGCACCAUGACCAUCGCCCCUGGAGUGGGCGACUGCAGCAGCAACGUGGCGGUGAUGCUGGAGCUCAUUCGCAACGUGCUGCAUGCCCUCGCACGCUCCCCUGCCACCGGGGAGGAGGAGGGCGGUGCAGAACGACGUGGUCACCCCUGGGCGCACUCAGUGCGGGCGUUUAUUGACCUCGAGGCCAUGGGGAUUGGAGGGCCCUCCUCUGUCUUCCAGGCGGGUCCAUCGGCAUGGCUACUGCGCAUGUUCCAAGCAUCUGCCCCUCGCCCGCUCGCCAUUGUGUUCGCUCAGGACAUCUUCCGCAGUGGGCUGUUGAACGCGGGCACUGACUUUGCGGUGUAUCAGGCCAAGGGGGGGCUGUCUGGGCUCGACUUUGUGUUCAUGAAGAACAGUGCCGUCUACCACACCAAGGUGAAUGGGUUUUGUUUGACGCUCUCCCCCUGCUGGAACCGGGCUCCCUGCAGCAUCUGGGCGACAACCUCCUGCCCUUCCUGCUUCUAUCUCUCAAACCCCUCCCCUCUCCCCCUCACCUCCCCCCGUCCUCCCCCCUCCCACCAGUUCGACGCUCUCCCCCUGCUGGAACCGGGCUCCCUGCAGCAUCUGGGCGACAACCUGCUGCCCUUCCUGCUUGCCAUCGCCCGCUCCCCCCUGCUCGCCCUGCAGCCCUGCCACCCCGCUCCCUGGCACCAGGGGGGAGGGCGCGCAGACGGGCUUGGGGCUGCGAGAGAUGGGGGGAAGGGAAGGGAGAGGGGCGAGAAAGGAGUGGAAGGAGGAGGUGGUGGAGGUGAAGGGGGGGCGGUGAAGUUCAAGCCGAGUGAGGCGAUCUUCAUGGAUUUGAUGGUGGGUGUUCUUGCUGCUCCUGCUGCUGCUGCUGCUGCUGGUGCUGGCUUGAAUCCUGUUCACGUCCCUCUCUUCCAUUAUUUACCCUUCACAUAUUUCCCCUUCCUCCCCUCCCUCUUCCUCCCCAAUCCCGUUCUUCCUCCCCAACCCCAUUCUUCCUCCCCAACCCCAUUCUUCCUCCCCAACCCCAUUCUUCCUCCCCAACCCCAUUCUUCCUCCCCAACCCCAUUCUUCCUCCCCAACCCCAUUCUUCCUCCCCAACCCCAUUCUUCCUCCCCAACCCCAUUCUUCCUCCCCAAACCCAUUCUUCCUCCCCAACCCCAUUCUUCCUCCCCAACCCCAUUCUUCCUCCCCAACCCCAUUCUUCCUCCCCAACCCCAUUCUUCCUCCCCAACCCCAUUCUUCCUCCCCAACCCCAUUCUUCCUCCCCAACCCCAUUCUUCCUCCCCAACCCCAUUCUUCCUCCCCAACCCCAUUCUUCCUCCCCAACCCCAUUCUUCCUCCCCAACCCCAUUCUUCCUCCCCAACCCCAUUCUUCCUCCCCAACCCCAUUCUUCCUCCCCAACCCCAUUCUUCCUCCCCAACCCCAUUCUUCCUCCCCAACCCCAUUCUUCCUCCCCAACCCCAUUCUUCCUCCCCAACCUUGCUCCCCCUUGCACACAUCCUCUCCCUCUCUCCCACUUUUCCUCUCCAUUCCAGGCACGGCAUCUGCUUGUCAUCCCCACCACCACUGCAACCUUCGCCUACCGCAUCCUCCUCUCCCUCACCUUCCUCCUCCUCGCCCCCUCCAUCCUCUCCUCCCCUCUCACCUUCCUCGUCUCCCUCGUCUCCCUCCUCCUCACCCUCCUCCACUCCCUCCUCCUCCCGCUCUCCGUCGCAUUCCUCCUCCCACUACUCUUCCCCUCCACCCCGACCCCCUUCCUCUCCCUCCCGCUCCUCCUCCUCCCGCUCUUCGCUGCACCAGCAGCAGCAGGCGCCCUUCUUGGCUCCUCCUUAGGCAGAAUUCUCCUGCUGAACUGGCUAGGCCGGGCUAACACAGGCAGAAACAGCAGGGAGAUGAGAGAGGGGGGAACGGAGGAGGCAGGGAGGAGGGAGAGGAAUUUCAUGCACUCUCUUGCACCUGACACCAUCCCUUCCCACCCCUCUUCCUCCCCUCCCCACCCCCGCGCCCCCUCCCUCCACACCUCUUCUGCCUGCUUCUUUUGCUUGGGCGUCUCUCCUUCUGUGCCCUGCCCUUGUGCUCGUCUGCGGUGUCUCUAUCGCAUGCCUCUCCGCGUACCAACCACCUGCGUUCACCGCACACAACCCAAGGGCCGUACUGCCACAAACCCCCUACGUGUGGCUCAACCUAGCAUCUCCUUGGCACGACCUACGUCGUCGCCGCCCUCCCCUCCCACCGCCGCGAGUGCAUCACCGCCCCCCGUCGCCGCGACACACCGUCGCUGCCCCCCCCCCCCCCCCUCCCCCUUUUUUCCGCCGCCGCGCCUUCUCUGGCGCCGCCUGCACAUCCCGCCGCGACGCCUCGUCGCCGCCUCCUCCUCCCCCUGCCGCGACCCCCCGUCGCCGUCUCCCUCCCGCCGCCGCGCCUACUUCGGCGUCGCCCGCGCAUCCCUCCGCCGCGACGCCCCGUCGUCGCCUGCCCCUCCCGCUGCCGCGACGUCGCGUCGCCGCCUCCCCCCACCGCCGCCGCGCCUUCCUCGGCGCCGCCUGCGCAUCCCGCCCCGCGACGCCCCGUCGCCGCGACUUCGCGUCGCCGCCUGCACUCCCCAUCGCCGCGACCCCCCGUCGCCGCCUACGCAUCCCGCCGCCGCGACCCGCUCGUCGCCGCCUGCACGAUCCGCCGCCGCGACUUCGCGUCGUCGCCUGCACGACCCGCCGCCGCGACUUCGCGUCGCAGCCUGCACGACCCGCCGCCGCGACUUCGCGUCGCCGCCUGCGCAUCCCGCCGCCGCGACCUUCUCGUCGCCGCCUGCACCCCUUGCCGCCGCGACCUUCUCGUCGCCGCCUGCACCCCUUGCCGCCGCGACCUUCUCGUUGCCGCCUGCACCCCUUGCCCGCGCGACCUCCUGCCGCGACCUGCUCGUCGCCGCCCGCACAUCCCGUCGCCGCGACCUAACAAUCGCCGCCCCCGCAUCCUACCGCCGCGACCUGCUCGUCGCCGCCCGCGCAUCCCGCCGCCGCGCCUUCCUCGUCGCCGCCCGCGCAUCCCACCGCCGCGCCUUCCCCGUCGCCGCCCGCGCAUCCCUCCGCCGCGCCCUCCUCGUCGCCGCUCGCUCAUUCCGCCGCCACGAUUCCCUCGUCGCCACCCGCGCAUCUCGCCGCCGAACGUUCCUCGUAGCAGCCGCCUCAUCCCGCAGCAGCAGCCUUGCCGCGGACCGCUCGGCGAUCAACUGGCAUUCCUUCGUCGGGAGCAUCCGCCGUGUUCUCCAAGAUGCAUUCGUCGGACCCUACUGCGUCCUUGACGUCCUCCUCCGCCGCCCGCAAGCCCUCCAGCCCACGGCACCCAAUCACCCCGGCGAACCCCCUCCACCCCCCAUUCCUCCUGGUCCUCCUCCUCCUGAACCCACCUUGGAGAUCGCCACUUCCCCAGCGCUCCAAGAUGCCGCCGAUGCCGCAUUUCUCCAAAAUCGCCGCGAAUACCUCAUCCGCAAGGCGGAGCAUGAGGUUGCGGUACAUAACCACGACUUCGCGGUAGCGGAACGCGCCAAUCGCCUGGCGCUCCUUGAUGAGUACAAUACGGCCAUGGCGGACUACCUCCCUCGGAGCAUCGCAUGGGCCACUGCUGACAACCGCGCCUGCACCAUCCUCCUCGGCGCACUCCCUGAUACCCUCAUGCGCCGUUUCCAAGCUCGCGAGAUGCGCGCCUCCCUCAUCUGGGCCGAGCUCCAGGCCAUGUUCGAGCGUCGCGACAUCAGCUCCGUCGGCGCCCUGUUCCAGGAGUACUUCUCCAUCACCCUCGCCACUUGUGAUGGCGCAGUUGACUACGUGGGGCGCAUGCAGGAGGUCGCUGAUCGCCUUGCGGCACGCCAAGCUGCCCUCCCCGAGCCCCUGCAAAUCCACCGCCUCCUCUACAACCUCACCCCGGACUACGAGUCCCGCCUCCAUGCCUUCACUGAGGCCAACCCCAUGGCCGGCCUCGACGACGAGGUCCAGUGGAUCAUUGACACGGAGGUCAAGCUCCGCACCCCCGUUGUCAACCUUACCACCCCUCAGUCCUCCUCCUCCACCUCCCUCAACGCUACGCAGCCGUGCAACCAGGGUGGUCGCAGCGGCGGCGGCGGAGGCCGUGGAGCGGGUGGCGGUGGUGGUGGUGGAGGCCGUGGUGGUGGCGGUGGUGGUAGUGGUGGCCGUGGUGGCCGUGGUGGCGGUGGUGGUGGUGCUGGCAGCGCCCCUGCUGGAGGUGCUUGUUCCCGACACUUCUGGUAG